AGGUUUUAAUCUGUCAGAAUGAAGUUUCUGUUUCAUUUGCUUGCCCUUGCUCUUGUCAUAACCUCCACACUUGGUGGAGUCAAGGACUUCACUGAGCAUUUUGAAAGCCUUAAAGAUACACAGCCACAUGAAAAUGGCACCUAUGAUAUGCCAAAUUUACCGCUGGAGUUCCACAGAGAAAACACUAUCACUAAUGACUUGAUUCCUGAAGAGGAGGAGGAAGAAGACUAUCUAGAUCUUGACAAGAUACUGGGUGAAGAUGACUACAGUGACAUUAUUGAUGCUGCCCCAUACAUAGUUUCUGAAGUUCAGCAAGGAAAUAUACUUGAACUAUUCCAAGGCAAAACCAGAAUCCAGCGCCUCAAUAUCCUCAAUGCAAACUUUGGCUUCAACCUUUACCGCAGUGUGGCAGAAAAGACCAACUCUUCAGAUAAUAUUCUCAUGGCUCCUGUUGGUAUUUCCACUGCAAUGGCUAUGAUUUCUCUGGGUCUGAAGGGUAAAACUCAGCAUGAAGUAUUAUCUGUUCUUGGCUUUCAAGACUUCAUUAAUGCCAGCACCAAAUAUGAGCUCAUGACUGUUCAUAACCUCUUCCGCAAGCUCACUCAUCGGCUCUUCAGGCGCAAUUUUGGUUACACACUGAGGUCUGUCAAUGAUCUUUACAUUCAGAAGGACUUUUCUAUUCUGAAUGAUUUCAGAAACAACACAAAAACAUACUACUUUGCUGAUGCUCAACCAGCUGAUUUUUCAGAUCCCAGCUUCAUAACUAAAACCAAUGAACGCAUCUUGAAGCUGACCAAAGGAUUAAUAAAAGAAGCUCUUGUGAAUGUAAACCCUACAACACUGAUGAUGAUUCUUAACUGUCUCUACUUUAAAGGAACCUGGGAGAACAAGUUUCCAGUGGAAAUGACUAUGAAGAGAAGCUUCCGACUGAAUGAGAAGCAAACAAUAAAGGUUCCUAUGAUGCAGACUAAAGGGAACUUCCUAGCUGCUGCAGACCCUGAGCUAGACUGUGGUGUGAUCCAGCUCCCGUUCGUGGGGAACAUCAGCAUGCUGAUUGUGCUUCCACACAAACUUUCAGGCAUGAAAGCCCUCGAAAAGCAGAUAACACCUCAAGUGGUGGAAAAAUGGCAGAAGAGCAUGACAAACAGAACAAGAGAAGUGGUUCUGCCUAAAUUUAAGCUGGAAAAGAGUUAUAACUUGAUUGGUUAUCUGAGAUCCAUGGGAAUAGAAGACCUGUUCAAUGAAAAGGGCGACUACUCUGGUAUAUCGGAUGAGAAAGUCACCAUUGACCGGUUCAAUCAUCAAGGCACAAUAACUGUGAAUGAGGAAGGCACAGAGGCUGGAGCAGUAACCAACGUUGGAUUUAUGCCUCUCUCUACUCAGAUUCGCUUCAUUGUUGACCGCCCCUUUUUGUUUCUGAUCUAUGAACAUCGUACCAGCUGCCUUCUGUUCAUGGGCAGAGUUGUCAACCCAGCCCAAUCCUGAAAGCAGAGACGACCUCCAACACACUGUUACACUUGUGCUGUAUAAUUACAUGCUAAUAUGCCAGUAUCAUAAAGGAAUUUUUAUUGCCAUGUUAGCUAAUACAAAAGCCACUGGUAUCAAAAGAAAACAUAUUAUCUACAAGUAGUUUUAACAUGAGUGGACUCAUAGCAGUAGAUAAUUUCACUGCAAUAUAAAAUGGUUAGUGCCAUGUAUUGAUACAAGUGUACUAAAAAAAAUACCACAAAAUAACUUACAUUUGUGUUCUACUUCAGUGUAUAAAAUGUAAUCAAUAAAAUAUUUAGACUAUCUGGA